AUGUCUUUGCAAAUCGGUAAAGUUAUUGGAAAAUCAAAUUCAACAGCAUCACUGAAGAAACGCAUUGCUGAGUUAGGUAAAUUAGGAAAGUCUAAGGCUGAAGUAGCUGCUGCAAUUGGCUGCAGUGAGAAAAGCGUUCAGCGAUACUGGAGAAAACCUGUUAAUACAAAUUUUAAUGAAAAGAAACGCUGUGGUCGUCCAACUGUGUUGUCACCAGCAUCAAAGAAGUUAAUAACCAGUGAAAUGAAGGACAAGUGGGGUUCAUCAACAAGAAGUUGUGCGAAAAAGUUAAACUUUUCAGAACGAUACAUUACACGUAAAAAACAAAUUUCUCGUUCAACAGUGCAACGUUUUGUUCAACAUCAACCAUGGGGUAAAGUGGCUUACCAUAAACCAAUAAAACCACUAUUGACUGAAAAAAAUCAAAAUGAUUGCUUGAAAUUUUGUGAUUGGUUGGAACAAAAUGGUUACCUUCAAGAUGACCAUGUUGGUAGACAAAAACGAAGCCCUGUUCUGUGGACAGACGAAAGCCCUGUUGAGUUAUUUCCAGUUCCAAUUCGUCAGAAUAUGCAAACACGGACCGAUGACAAAUCAAAGAUCACUCCAGCUGUUCGUCCUAAGUUUGGAUUGAAAAUUAUGGUGUGUGGUGGUAUAUCACGGUAUGGAUUGACUGAAUUGGUUGUUGUGCCAGAGAAGCAGACAGUUAACGCUGAUUAUUACAUGAAUCACAUUUUACCAAAAUAUGUUGAGGCUACUACAAGAAACCAUCAAGGUGAUACUGCUGAUAAGAGAAAAAUGUUUUUUAUUCAAGAUAUGAUUCUUUUUCAGCAAGAUGGUGCACCUGCACACUCAGCAAAAAUCGUUCAACAAUUUUGUGCAAAAAACUUUCCGUUGAUGAUUCCAAAAGAAUUGUGGCCUGGGAACAGUCCAGAUAUUAAUGUAAUUGAACAUUUAUGGAACUUGUUUUAA